AUGGAUAGCUUGAAUGUAAAUGAUACCACGGCUUCUAAGCGAAGGUCACACUCCAACACGGUCUCUGGUGGUCGACCACCUGCAUUAGACAUUAGUCUGGCUCGUCCACCGAAUAUUCGAAGAAACUCAGAGGGAUCACCCAAUGUACCGCCUAUUCAGGUAUCAGAACCAACACCUAUUGAACCCUCUGUUAAUGCUCAACAUGGUUUCUUUAAGGAAGGUGAAAUAAGUCGAGCGUCUUCACCUAACCAAAUGAGCAGUACUACAGAUCAUUCUCCACAAUCCGGACCCAAGGUCAAUAACAGCUCAGCCAUAAGUUUAUUAGAGUCAGCUACAGCCCCCAAAAAAAAGUCUCGUUCGAGAGCAUCGAGUCUGACAUCUAACCUGAUAAAUGAAAUCAAGGAAAACCCGACUAUUCAAAAAGUAUCCACCACUUUGGCACAAAAGAUAAAGCCACGACAAAACUCAGACAACACGAACGGUGACAGAAGUUCGAUUGAUGGCGGCAACUCUUAUGCUGCUCCUAGUAGUGCCAGUACUUAUGACUUGGCAAGCGUCAAGAGAAAUCAGGAUUUCCAUUCCCUGUUUCGAAGUGUCCCUGAAGACGACUCUUUGAUAGAAGACUAUGGCUGUGCCCUACAAAAGGAAAUAUUACUGCAAGGUCGUAUUUAUGUCUCUGAGAAUCAUUUGUGCUUUAAUGCAAAUAUAUUUGGUUGGGUUACAAAUCUUGUCAUCGCAUUUGCUGACAUCACAAACAUUGAAAAGAAAUCAACCGCUUACUUUAUCCCAAAUGCCAUUCAGAUAUCAACAGAGAGUGCAAAGUAUUUCUUUGCUUCAUUUCUUUCUAGAGACCAAGCAUAUGAUCUCAUGGUAGAAAUAUGGCAUAACUGUAGACCAGAUCUGUUUCCACCCAAAGAAGAUGAACUUGACGAGUGUGAUGAAGAAGAAGAAAGCGAAUCAGUGGAAGAUGGUGACUCGGACUACGAUUCAGAUACGUCAUCUGAGGGUGAUGAUAUAGAACCAGAGGAUACAAAUAAGCAAGCUACAGUGCAAACGACAACAAAAGAUGUAAACGGAUCAGAAAGUAAUACAAAUCAUCAAGAUGGUCCCGAGGCAGCUUCCUCAACAGCACAGUCAAACAAGGCUUCAGAAAAGACAGCCAAAGGGAAUCAAGUGCCAAUGAAUGGUACUAAAAAGGCAGAUGAGGAACCAUUCAAUCAGUUACAUGAAAAGACAAAAUGCGACUGUCAGGAACACUAUCCCAACACGGUGCUCGAUAUGACUUAUCGUGGAAGCCUUGAAAAGAUUUAUAAAACGCUAUUUCAUAGUGAUUUUCUUGAAACGUUUCUAUUGGACAACCAAAAGAGUACAGAAUUAAGUAUUGGAGAUUGGAAGCCAGGAGAGGGAGAUGUCAAAUCUGUUAGGGAGUUAUCAUACAUAAAACCCUUGAAUAAUUCACUUGGCCCAAAGUCUACAAAAUGUUAUCUGACACAGGAGAUCCUUCACGAAGAUUUUGAUAAUUAUGUCACUGUAUUGGUCACUACAAACACUCCUGAUGUGCCCUCUGGUAGCGCGUUUUGCUGUAAAACACGUACUUGCUUUACGUGGGCGGGAAAGCAGAAAGUAAGAGUGAUGGUCACAGUUGCUGUAGAGUUUUCAAAAUCCUCUUGGUUAAAGUCAACUAUUGAAAAAGCAAGUAUAGAAGGUCAACAAACGUACUACAAGGAUCUUGACGCUGCCCUUCGUACAUACUUUAAAGAGCAUCCAUCUGAAUUUGGCGCAUAUGAAGAAAAGACAGAGAGAAAGAAAAGACAGAAGCGUAAGGGGCGAAGAUCAGCAAAGGCAACUGUGCAACAAGAAGAUAAAGAUAUAGUAUCACAGCCUGAAUCAAAAGGGUUCAUGGACAAUUUGAUUAGCCAUAUCACACGAGCCACUCAAUCUGCCAGUGCCAGUCAUUUCAUGAUCUUUUGCCUGGUUCUAAUGGUCAUUACCAACAUAUUUAUUGCUAGAAAAAUGUCCUUUAUAGAAAAACAACUCGAUGAAAUUUGUAACAUUAUACCACGUCAUGACAGAGUUUCGCGAAGUAACGAACAAGUAUCCAUGCCACAAAAGCAGAGCUAUGACACAAAAGAGCAACAAGAGCUCUGGGAAUGGCUAAGUCGCUUAGAUCCUGAAAAGACAGCCUCAGAGAAGCCGAUACUUUUGGCCACUCAUACAUCGGAAGGAAAAGAGAGUGAAUGGGAUGAUGCUAUAUAUCUAUCAAAGUCAACUAAAGACAGAUUGGAUAAGCACAUAUCUGAGAUAAGCAAUUUGAUACAUGAAGCAGAGAAAAACCUAAAAGAUGUUACGGAAUCAGUGAAUUUGCAGCGGCAAAAGCUUGAAAAAUGA